UCCAACCUCCUGCCAUGCCAGUCUCCGGCCCUGGUGCGAGUCUGAGGCGAACGUGAAAUGGCCCUGCGGCCUUCUAUUCUGACCGCCGGCCGCCGCCUCAACACCGCGGCCGUCGCGGCGGCCGUCCGUCGCGGGGACCUCGCCGGCGCCGAGGAGGCCUUUGCGUCGACGCGGGUCAAGACCACGGCCACCUACAACUGCCUCCUCGCGGGGUACGCCAGGGCGCCUGGGGCCGGCCGCUUCGCCGACGCACGCCACCUGUUCGACCGAAUUCCGCACCCGGACGCUGUGUCCUACAACACGCUCCUAUCCUGCCACUUCGCCAACGGCGACGUAGACGGCGCGCGGAGGCUCUUCUCCGAGAUGCCGAUCCGGGACGUCACGUCCUGGAACACCAUGGUGUCCGGGCUGUCCAAGAACGGUGCUCUGGAGGAGGCCAAAGCCGUGUUCCAGGGCAUGCCGGUGAGGAAUGCUGUUUCCUGGAAUGCGAUGGUUGCCGGACUUGCGUGUUCUGGGGACAUGGCCGCGGCGGAGGAGUGGUUCAGGCAUGCGCCGGUGAAGGAGAAUGCCGUUCUCUGGACCGCCAUGGUGUCCGGGUACAUGGAUGAAGGCAAUGUGCAGAAGGCCAUGGAGUUCUUCGAGGCAAUGCCAGUGAGGAACUUGGUUUCAUGGAACGCCAUGGUCUCUGGAUAUGUGAAGAAUUCACGUGCCAGUGAUGCUCUGAGGGUGUUCAAGGCCAUGGUUGACAAUGCCACUGUGCAGCCAAACGCUUCAACGGUAAGUAGUGUGCUUCUUGGGUGUAGUAACCUGUCAGCAGUUGAAUUUGGGAGGCAGAUACACCAGUGGUGUAUGAAGUUGCCACUAAGUAGGAGUGCGACUGUGGGCACGUCACUUGUCAGCAUGUACUGCAAAUGCGGCAACUUGGACGACGCUUGCAAGCUGUUUGAUGAUAUGCACACAAGGGAUGUGGUUGCAUGGAAUGCCAUGAUUUCUGGUUAUGCUCAGCAUGGGUAUGGAGGGAAAGCUAUUAAGUUGUUUGGAAAAAUGAAGGAUGAAGGAGUGCGGCCAGACUGGAUUACUUUUGUGGCUGUAUUGACAGCUUGUAUCCACACCGGAUUGUGUGAUUUUGGAAUGCAGUGCUUUGAAACAAUGGAGGAAGUAUAUGGAAUUGAACCACGGGUUGAUCAUUACUCAUGUAUGGUGGAUCUUCUCUGCCGAGCUGGUCUCCUUGAGAGAGCUGUCAGCAUGAUCCGCUCAAUGCCCUUUGAACCGCAUCGUUCUGCCUAUGGCACCCUGUUGACAGCCUGUAGAGUUUAUAAGAAUUUGGAAUUUGCCGAGUUUGCUGCAGGCCAGCGUGAUUCCGGCACGACGGGCUGGGCUGUGCAGUGGGCCCGUGAUUUAGUUAAGGCCGGCCCGUUUAACCAACGGAGGAGGAGUACGUUCUGGGUGGGGAGAGCGAGCUGCUGA